ACCGGUAAGAAAGAGUGAAGACAAAAGUGGAAGAGCCAAAGACUUCUGCUGCCAUCCUGCCUCUUUCCCUCCCUCCCUCUUCCUCGAGUCUAAUCUCAGAUCAAGAAAAAGGAGAAGAAGAAGAAGAAGAAGAAAGAAGAGUGGAAAAAUAAGCGGGUCAGCGAACGCGUCUGUGCCUGUUUACCCCACGACAGAGGUUGUCUUCUAAUGCACCUCUUGUUCGCGGUGAGACCGGUGCCAUCUCGUGACCUAUCGCCGCAACCCCAACCCUUUCUGUUCUUCUCCUCUGCCUCCGGGUCGGUCGAUCGGUCGAUCGGCGUGGUGGUGGGGGGUUUUCUCGUGGGAUGAUGGAUAGGACUGCCCCCAACAGCCAGGCCGGUUCGGACCGAGUUGUCCGCGUGCAAGCACCGCUGGUUGAUUCUGUAUCAUGCUAUUGCAGAGUAGAUGCUGGCUUGAAAACAGUAGCAGGAGCUAGAAAGUUUGUUCCUGGAGCUAAGCUGUGUCUCCAACCUGAAAUUGUACCCCAUGGACCAAGAAUAAGGAACUCUCGCAGGGAGAGGAGCAGAACCCAGGCACCUCUACUGCCUGGCCUUCCUGAUGAUCUUGCUAUUGCUUGUUUGAUUCGGGUUCCUCGAGUUGAGCACCUAAAUCUUCGAUUAGUUUGCAAAAGAUGGAACAGACUUUUGUCUGGAAAUUACUACUACUCCCUCAGGAAAAAGCUUGGGAUGGCAGAGGAAUGGGUGUAUGUUAUCAAGAGAGCCCGUGAUGGAAAGAUAUCCUGGAAUGCUUUCGAUCCUAACCAUCAACUCUGGAGGCCACUUCCACCUGUACCUGCAGAUUAUUCCGAAGCACUCGGCUUUGGUUGCGCUGUUCUCAGUGGUUGCUACCUGUAUCUGUUUGGGGGAAAAGAUCCAUCAAAGGGUUCAAUGAGGCGUGUGGUCUUUUACAAUGCCCGGACAAACAAGUGGCACAGAGCUCCGGACAUGCUUCGAAAACGCCAUUUCUUUGGCUCCUGUGUUGUAAAUAACUGCCUCUAUGUUGCUGGUGGGGAAUGUGAAGGGAACCAGAGAACUCUUCGUUCGGCCGAAGUUUAUGAUCCUAACAAGAAUAGAUGGACAUCUAUUGCUGAAAUGAGCACUGGGAUGGUGCCCUUGAUUGGGGUUGUUUACGAGGGUAACUGGUUUCUCAAAGGGCUUGAUUCAGAUGGUCAGAAUGUGAGUGAAGUCUAUGCACCAACUACCAACACAUGGUCCGCGGUUAGUGGUGGAAUAGUUACAGGCUGCCGAAAUCCCAGUAUUUCAUUGAAUGGAAGGCUUUAUGCAUCAGAUUGCAGGGAUGGAUGCAAGCUUAGAGUCUAUGAAGGAGCUACCGAUUCAUGGAACAAGUUUAUGGACAGUGAACAUCAUCUGGGAAAUUCUAAGGCCUUUGAGGCUGCAUCAUUUGUCUCUCUCAAUGGAAAGCUUGGUAUCAUCCGAAACAACAUGAGCAUCAGCCUCAUCGAUGUAACAAACCCAGUAAGUAGCAUAGAAACAAAUAGUGCUCGUGUGUGGGAGGCCAUUGCAGGGAAAGGCCAACUGAAGAACUUUGUUUCAAGCUUAUGGUCAUCUCUCGCAGGUCGCAGUUGGUUAAAGGAUCAUAUUGUUCACUGUCAGGUGCUUCAAGCUUGAUAGCUCUUGUGGAAUGGAAGACAAACGGCAGGUAGUUCCUUGAUCAGCCCACGUAGCAGCUGGUGACUAAUCAACCUCGACAUCUUAAACAGAGAAAUUUGCAACAUGGCUCUUCAUUCUCCUACUCCUAGUUGUCUACACCAGUUACCUGCGAAAUAAGGAACAUGCUUGAUUGCCGAGAUUGAGGACUAAAUAGGAACUUUUUGCAAUGGCCUAUUGAGAAGUUGUGUGCUUCAUGGAACGGAAAGCAAGGCAAGAUAAUCCUCAUGAACAUGAGUUCAUAAUUGGACAAACCGGGAGUGAUCAGAAAUAUUAUGGCCAUGGAAUUUAAUCAAAAGCAUAUGGAACAAUGGGUGAUGAAAUGAAGUUGAAAGUUAUAUUUAAUACUUGGAGGCAACGUCCAUUCUGGUUGUGAACAAGGAGUCGUUGGAAAUAUUAUGGUCGUGAAAUUAAACUGAAGGCAUAUGAAAGAAAGGGUGAUGACAUGCAGUUUAAAGUUAUAGAACUAUGAGGUGAUACUUGGAGACAACUUCCAUUCUGAUUGCAAAACCAGGAGUCAUCAGAGAUAUUACGUCCAUGGAAUUUAUCCAAAAGCAUAUGAAAGAAAGGUUGCCGGCAUGCAGUUUAGAGGUGUACUUCUGUCUGUUAGUUCUCAUGGUCAUUAACUUUGGAUUAUUGGAAAAUCAAACAGUAGGCAUUACCAUGACAGAAGCCACUGCAUUUCUGGUAGAUUCGACUUCCUGGUGUCAUGCUACAAUGUCCUUUUCAGCUAGUAGAAUCUAUCUUCUGUCGAUGGGUAAUUGAUGGAAGUCCUCGACUCCCUCCUCUCUAUGCACAUUCAGCAUAUAAUCGAUCAUACAUGAAUAUCUGAUGGGGUUUUGCCUGGGGAGAUCUUUCACUCGUGAGCCGCAUAGUGGUCAUUCGAAGCAGUGAUUAUCCUAUACCAACAACAAAAUCUGGUGAAUCUGUUUCGAAAGCAUUGCUUUAAAUUUGUUCGGUUUGAGGGAAGCUAAAUGGUCAACAUUAAGUUCCAAGUGGAUGGGAAGAACUUUGAACUGAUGACGAUAGAAAACUAAUGUAUCUGGCUAAGAAUCAAAGGGUUGUUCUGCCCGAGCUUGAAGGAUUGCCCCAGUCGUAGACCAACAGCCACCCUCCCUUGGGUGAGCGGUCCUACUACAUUUGAGGUAGCUUCUGCCCCUCUUCUAGCUUGUUUGCUUGCCCUUUUCAUUGUUGUGUGUAGUGGUGCAGAUCUAGCAGUUUUAGCAUGGAGGUUAAACAUUGGCCUUUGUGUGUUCCUAUUCAACAACUUAUGCAUCUGCAUGCGCAUGCUCUCUCGAUCAUUACUUCCACCACAUAACAAAGGGUACUCUGCUUGUGCACAUUUUCCUUUUUCUUUUUUUUUUAACGAAAAACCAGAACAUUAGAGAUUAAGAGUCAGAUUACUAAAUUCAAUGGAAUUAUUGCUAGGCAUCGA